AAGCGCCGGCGGAGCAGCCGAACCCGGAAGUGUCUGUGUGGCGGUGGCCGGACCCCCCUUCCCUCCCCCCCCCGCCGCCAUGGCGUCCCCUAUGGCCGCCGCGGGCUCCAACUGGGGCCUGAUCAUGAAUAUUGUCAACAGCAUCGUGGGCGUCAGCGUGCUCACCAUGCCCUUCUGCUUCCGACAGUGUGGCAUCGUCCUAGGUGCCCUGCUGCUGGUUUUCUGUGCUUGGAUGACUCAUCAGUCCUGCAUGUUCCUGGUGAAAUCGGCCAAUCUCGGCAAGCGCAGAACCUACCCGGGACUGGCAUUUCACGCCUAUGGAAAAGCAGGGAAGAUGCUGGUGGAGACCAGCAUGAUUGGGCUCAUGCUGGGAACCUGCAUUGCUUUCUAUGUCGUCAUUGGGGAUUUGGGAUCCAACUUCUUUGCCCAGUUGCUUGGGCUUCAGGUAACUGGCAGCUUCCGGAUAGUCCUGCUCUUUGUCGUCUCCUUGUGUAUCGUGCUGCCAUUGAGCCUACAGAGGAACAUGAUGGCUUCCAUACAGUCGUUCAGCGCCAUGGCGCUGAUCUUCUACACGGUGUUCAUGUUUGUGAUUGUGCUCUCGUCUUUCAAGCAUGGCCUCUUCAGUGGGCAGUGGCUGAAGCGGGUCAGUUAUGCACGCUGGGAGGGCAUUUUUCGCUGCAUUCCCAUCUUCGGCAUGUCCUUUGCGUGUCAGUCCCAGGUCUUGCCUACCUACGACAGCUUGGAUGAACCGUCUGUUAAAAUAAUGAGCUCCAUAUUUGCCUCCUCUCUAAAUGUGGUCACCAUCUUCUAUGUGAUGGUUGGCUUCUUUGGCUAUGUGAGCUAUACGGAGGCUAUCGCUGGUAAUGUGCUGAUGAACUUCCCAUCCAACCUGGUGACGGAGAUGAUCCGUGUGGGGUUCAUGAUGUCAGUGGCCGUAGGGUUUCCCAUGAUGAUCCUGCCCUGCCGACAGGCUCUGAACACCCUCCUUUUUGAGCAGCAGCAAAAAGAUGGCACGUUUGCGGCUGGGGGCUACAUGCCGCCCCUCCGGUUCAAAGCCCUCACACUGGCUGUGGUGUUUGGCACCAUGGUGGGAGGCAUCAUGAUACCAAAUGUGGAGACCAUUUUGGGCCUAACAGGUGCAACAAUGGGAAGCCUCAUCUGCUUCAUCUGCCCGGCUCUAAUUUAUAAGAAAAUUCACAAGAAUGCCCUUUGCUCACAGGUUAUAUUGUGGAUUGGCUUGGGAAUCCUGGUUAUUAGCACAUACACCACGUUGUCGGCAACAGAGGACCCUCCGGGAAAGAUAGAGGUGCUGGAGCCAGCUGAUCUGGACAAGGGACUUGAUAACAUCAUUGCUGCCAAAAUAGCAGACCAGGACCCGGUGGCAGAGGGGGCAGAGGACGACCGCGACAAGCCCAAACUGCCAGAUGAGAAGGACGAGAUGGAGCAGCCACAGAUCAAGGUGCCCAUGGAUGUGCCCGAGAGGAAUGAGGCAGGAGAGAAGCAGGAGGAGAAAGUGCAGCUUGACCGGCCUGAUCAAGGGAUUGCUCUUCCUGUGGGGGAGGCCCACCGCCACGAGCCGCCUGUGCCACACGAUGAGGUGGUGGUUGACGAGCGGCGGGAGCGGGAGGACUCAGAGGAGAACAAAGUUCCCCAGGAAGGAGCCCAGGAGAACCUACUGCAGCUGGCCGCGGGCAAGGAGCUGGCUAGACCCGCGCAGCUGGAUCCUGAGAAACAGGAGCUGCACCCAGACCAGGGUGGGGCCCCGAAGCAGCCCCGGGGUAAGUUUGACAGCCCCGUCGAGGACAUGGGGGAUGCCCCAGAGAUGCAGGCCCCGCGGCAGAACGGCCAUCCACCCUAUAAAGACCUGGAGCCACGUGAAGCCAAAGUGCCAGCUGCUGCCCAGCCAGGGGAUGGAGAGCCUGCGGAGGCUGUGGGAGGUGAUGGUCUGAAGCCCCAACUGCCUGGGAACGAGGAGGAGGUUGUGAAGCCCGCAGAGAAGGAGGCUGAUCCAGGGGAAAGGCAGGAACUGCCUCCACCAGGCAGGCCGGACCCAGUGCUGGCGCAGCUACCUGAGCAGCAUGAGAGCCGCAACGCUGAGGAGCAGCACCCGGAGGGUGUUGGCAGCAAGAUGGAGGACACAGGGAAGGACAAGCUGCUGGACCACGCUGUGCUGCUGCAGGUGAUCAAGGAGCAGCAGGUGCAGCAGAAGCAGCUGCUGGACCAGCAGGCCAAACUGCUGGCUGUGAUUGAAGAGCAGCACAAGGAGAUCCACCAGCAGAGGCAGGAGGAGGGGGGUGAGGAGAGGCCGAAGCAAGCAGAAGUGCAGCCCGAGCUUGGUGCAGCCCCCGCACAGAGCAAAGAGGAAGCAGGCCAAGAUCUUCAAGAAGAUGGUGCUGCCAAGCACAUCCCUAAAGAAAAGCAGAGCCAGCUUCAGCCUGGGCCUGACAGCCCAGCCCUGAACCUGGCAGAGCAGCGCAGAGGGAAUGAGGAGAUGCAGAAAGAGGCUGGGCAUGGGCGUGAAAUCCCUGCGGUGCCACUAAAGGAUGGGAAAGUCCCGCUGCACGAGGCAAUCCAGGCUGGGAAGAGCUCCAUGGAAAAGGCUGGAGAGCCUCUGCCUGCCGCCCAGGCAGCAGGGAACCCUCCCGAGCAGGCAGCCGUGGCCAGGGAGCUGGGGAGAAGCCAUGAAGCUAAAGCUGUUGGCAAGCUGCAGGAGAAGAGGGAUCAUGUGCCAAAAGGUGUUGUGGUGGCCGGGCCUGCUGGCGACCCACAGCGAGAGCCACCAAGGGCACCCAGGAUUCAGGAAGCAGCAGGCCAGAGUCCGAAAAGAGACCCUGGACCAGAGCGGAAAGACAAAGCAGCAAAUGGUGCAGAGCCCCAGGACCCAGGCUCCCCACUCGAUGCUGCAAAGAACCUGCGUGUGGAGAACACGCAGCACAAGGUGGAGUCCCUGCAGGCUGCCGAUGCUGACGGGGGCAAUCGGGUGGGCCACCUGAGAGAUCAGGCCAAGCCAGAAAGUGUCCAGGAGAAAGCCAGAGACGAGGCCCAGGAGGCUCAGGGAAAGCCAAGGCAUGUGGAUGACAAGCGCGAGGAGCCUGGGAAGCAGCAGAACUCCAAACUCGAGGUUGCCCUGAAGCCUGAGAAGGGGGCGGCCACCAGCAGGGAUGAGCAAGUGGAGCGUGACCAUGGCAAGCCCAAUCGGGACCUGAAGCUGCAGGCAGACUUGGACCUACGGCGCCGGCGCCGGGACUUGGAGGAGGAGGAGGGGGCAGGCGCGGCGGCGGGAGGUGGCAUCCUCAUUGGCCUCCACCCCGUCCCUGACGUGAAAGUGAACGACUUGCGCGGUGCGCUGGAGACGCAGCUGCACCAGGCAGCAGGAGGCGCCCAGCCGGUCAUCCACAGCCGGCAGAUCAAGCAGGUGCCUGCAGCCGAGGAGGACGGGUGACGGGCAGGCCGUGCUUUGGGGGUGCCGCGGGUGGCCAGUGCUGAGGGGUUGGGUUAGCCAGGGACCACUUGGCUGUGACUAAGGGGCUGAUGGUCUUAGUGAGCAGCAGUUCACGUGGCCUUGGCCUUUGGGCUCUGACCUGCAGCAACUCCCCCUGGAGCUGCCCGGCCAGGCUUAACAUUCCUGCCUGAGUGUGUUGUGGGGGGUGACAAGAUUGAGAUUGUCAGUGACGCUGAAAGAAAAGCUCCCACCGUCCUCUGGCUUUCAGAGGUCACUUGCCAGCUCAGGAGUCCAACCCCCCUACCACACACUUUCCAAGGACCUCUGUCUGCUUCGUGCCCAAUGAAUUGCCUUAUCCCUCCUGUGCCGACAUCUCUCUCCAGGACCAGGUCCCUGCCAUGCUGUCCAAAGUGUCUCUGCAGACCCAGAUCUUGGGGGAUGCUGUGGAGAGCAGACCAGUCCAGGCAGAGGGUGCGGUGGGCUCAGAGGCCUGUUGCUCUGAAGCACACGAGCAUGCGUCCACUGGCCUCAUAUGCCUGGUGGGGAGGUGGGGGGCGGAGUCCUGCUUUAGGAACAGGCGGAGUCAGUCUGUGAUGCCGCCUUAAACAGGCAUGACACCUGCUGUUGUGCUGCCUCUGGCUCCCAGGGAUCCGCUUGGCAAUAAUGAGGACUCCCCGCUUUCCACCCUCCCGCCUUGAACAGGACUGUUUCUGUCUGCAUGUCUGACCUGGGAGCUCCCCCAUCCCUGGCACACUCAGGGGCUCACGCUGGGCACAGCCGGUGCCUCCCUCCCCAGUAGAAGCAGCUCAGGCUGCUGCAAGCAUGGCUGAAAAGGGACCGUGCGGAGCAGAGCUGGCUCAGGCCUGCCUACCUACCUCGCUUCUCCCUGGGCAGGGUCCAUCUUUCCCCAGACCUGGCCUACAAGGUGUUUGAAUCCAUGGGUGUUCUUGUGGGAGCAACAAACGGAAACCCAUCGUGAGGCAGCCUGCCAGGGAGUGACCGUUGCUUGGUAAAUGUCAACAGACGAAGCCACAUUAAAGGUGGAACAUAAGCAAACCCGGACCCAAAGCUUUUCCUCGGAGGACGGGAACGCCCCGAGACCGCAGCACUGUGGUGGUUUUGUAUGCGUAUAACUGUUGUCUUAGCCUCUUGCAGUUCAUCCCAGGUUCAGGGGCUAGGUUGCUGUCAUACAUGGAGGUGUUGCAGCGGCCUGCCAGACGGACAAGCUACAGGGAAGACUUUGCCUUCAGGCCAUGAUACCUGGGUCUCCCAGGCAAGGAAGAACCAGACUUUGCCCUAUAACGUGGGCUUGUUUCCUGCAUGUCGUCAGUGCCACACCUGCUCACAAGGUGACCCGUACCCUCGCUCUCCUGCGCAUCUGAUACGAUCAUCGUGGCCUUAAUCGUCAGGAUUCCCUGCAAUACUCAGAGGUGCCCCAUCUCGAAGCACAAUGUAAUGCAGCCGGGAAGGUUUGUCAGCUCCGUUGUCGGCUGGAGACCUCUCCCACUGUGUGGUGUUUGUCAAAUGCAGGCUGGAGCUGGGGCAGGCAGCUGAGGUCUUGGCUGAAUCAAAUACCUCCCCUUGCUGCUGCAGCUGCCCCUACAAAGGGAGGUGAGGGAAGGAGAGAUGCUGCCACUUUCCCCCUCUUUGCACUUCCUCCACCUUCCUCACCACGUGAAUGCUGGCUCAUCCAACAUGCCCGUCUCCUGCCCUGCGCUGACAGCAGCGUGCCUGCACCAUCGCCAAAGGACCAAAGAUGCUUCUGACAUUCCCCAGCCAGCACGGCUGGAUCCUGUUGUGAACGAGACCUCCUCGUGCUGGGCCGGGCCAAGGUGGGGACCCCCCCUACCUCUCUGCGCUCGGAGCAGGGGUCCGAGCCCAACAGACCAAUAAAAGUUGAAGCAUUUCUAUCUGAA